AGACUCCGCCCCUAGGCGGGGCCUGGAUGCGGCCGGAGAAGAGCAGUGCUGGAGCUGGAGCCUCAGCCCUCAGGCGCCACUGUGAAGACAGGACCGGACCCGCCCCGCCCGCAGCGCCCCUCAGAGCCCUGCCCCGGCCCCCUCCGCUCCCUCCCGCCGCCAGGUCCUACUGUCCCGCCGACCUUACCGGAGCGAACCCGUCGUCCCGCACUAGGAGUCCGCGAUGGCUUCAGUGACGGAUGGUAAAACUGGAGUCAAAGACGCCUCUGACCAGAAUUUUGACUACAUGUUUAAACUGCUUAUCAUUGGCAACAGCAGUGUUGGCAAGACCUCCUUCCUCUUCCGCUAUGCUGAUGACACGUUCACCCCGGCCUUCGUUAGCACCGUGGGCAUCGACUUCAAGGUGAAGACGGUCUACCGUCACGAGAAGCGGGUGAAACUACAGAUCUGGGACACAGCUGGGCAGGAGCGGUACCGGACCAUCACGACAGCCUAUUACCGUGGGGCCAUGGGCUUCAUUCUGAUGUAUGACAUCACCAAUGAAGAGUCCUUCAAUGCUGUCCAAGACUGGGCUACUCAGAUCAAGACCUACUCCUGGGACAAUGCACAAGUUAUUCUGGUGGGGAACAAGUGUGACAUGGAGGAAGAGAGGGUUGUUCCCACUGAGAAGGGCCGGCUCCUCGCAGAGCAGCUUGGGUUUGAUUUCUUUGAAGCCAGCGCGAAGGAGAACAUCAGUGUAAGGCAGGCCUUCGAGCGCCUGGUGGAUGCCAUUUGCGACAAGAUGUCUGAUACGCUGGACACAGACCCCUCGAUGCUGGGCUCCUCCAAGAACACGCGUCUCUCGGACACCCCACCGCUGCUGCAGCAGAACUGCUCAUGCUAGGCAAGGCCCACCUUCCUGACCUCCCCUCGUUGUGGCGCCACACCCAGUCUGCUUCCCCUUGUUACACACUGUCCACUCUCAGCCCCGACCAAGAUGAGCUGCUGCUAUUCUUUGCCUGCCCCCGGGGUUCUCUGCAGAUGUUCCCAGUAAUAGAUACUCAGCACUAGACUAACAGAACAGGUCACUACAUGGGUGGAGAUUCACUUUACAAAAGAAGACUGUUUUAUGAAGGGGAUUCACUACAGGGACUUAAAAGCAGUCUCUUCUCUGCCUUUAAAAUGAGAGUUCCUCCAUUUACCAAAAUUUGACACACCCACAUUCUUCAGGGGCAUGCCAAUUGCGUAAAGUGAGGCUCGCCUGCAUAGCUAAUCCUAUUAAAGACAACUUCCCAAAGCACAACGUGCUUGUUUCCUAUCGGGCUCCCUGUGGGGCUUUCUCUCACUACAAGUCAAGCUUGGGUUCUCAAAGCCCUGUGCCUGUUACCACGGAUGCCCACAGGGCCUGGGCAGUUGCUGUGGUGACAGGCAGAGCUAAUCUUCAGAGAGCUCAGACUCUCUAAUGAUGCUGAAGGAGCAAAGGCUGAGUCAGAAACACACUUAAGAGAAA